GUUGCCGGCUCGGAGACUCCCCUCUUCUUCUCUUACUCGCACUCUCUCUCCAGCCAAUGCCUUCUCGCACGAGGUUCCUCCAUUCCUCCGGCAGCUUAGCGGCGGCGGAGCCACCGGUCCCCAUGGCCGUUGACUCCGACGUGGUGGUGAUCCUGGCGACGCUGCUUUGCGCCCUGAUCUGCGUCGUCGGCCUCGCCCUCGUCGCCCGCUGCGCCUGGCUCCGCCGCGCCUCCUCCACACCCCCGCCGCCGCCGCCGCCGCCUCCCACCAAGGGGCUCAAGAAGAAGGCUCUCCGCUCUCUCCCAACUCUCGCCUUCGAUGGAUCUGUGAAGCUGGCGGAGUGCCCGAUCUGCCUCGCCGAUUUCGCCGCCGGCGACGAGAUCCGGAUCCUCCCGCACUGCGGCCACGGGUUCCACGUCACGUGCGUGGACACGUGGCUCGGGUCCCACUCGUCCUGCCCCUCCUGCCGCCAGAUCCUCGUCUUCCCCGCCCCUUCCCGCUGCCGGAGGUGCGGCGCCACCUCCGACGACACCGUCGCAGCGGCGGACGGCGGGGCCAAGACCGGGGGGGACCGCGAGUUCUUGCCCUAAAGACAUUAGCUCCCUCCCUGCAUUCCCUUUUCUUCUCUUGUGGGAAAAAAAAAAAAGAAAAACCAAAAUGUAUGUUUUAAACUUUUUUUUAUCCUCUCAGUGUUUGAAUUAGGGCUUGAUGUUUGUAUAUCUUUUUUGUAAAUAAAAUCAUAAAAACAGCGAGUUAUGAAAAUGGUGGUUUAUUUAGAUAAUAUAAAAUAUUAUCUAAAGAGGAACAUGGUGCUUUAA